GUUGUGUGUGUGUUUCUGCAGGUGUCAACAACAAAAUAUUAGACUCACACGCUCAUCAGGACAGAACCUGUAAGAGCUGCUUUCUCACAGUUUUAGACAGAAAAGGGGAUUGCAGUAUGUUUAGACGAAUUUUACAGAUGACUCCUGGGAAAGGAGGUUCCCAGAGCUCGGAGUCUGAGCAGCCGUCUGCCGAUAUGAAUAACGAGUCUUCUGAGGGCUUCAUUUGUCCUCAGUGUAUGAAGUCACACAACUCCGCCGAAGAGCUCUUUAAACAUUAUGAGGUGUUUCAUGAGCCCGGUGAAUUCACUUCUGGCAGGGAGGAUCCAACCCUUCUUCGACAGGAAGUCCAAGAUUUACAAGCUUCAUUGAAGGAAGAACGCUGGUUUUCUGGGGAAUUAAAAAAAGAAUUAGACAAAGUGCAAGGACAACUAGCGAGUAAUAAAGGCUCACAGAGUGAUGGUACCAGCAUAGGAGAUUCAGAGCUUGAAAUGAGGCUCAAUGAGGCAGAAACUGAGAAGUUCAACAUCAAACAGAUGAAAGAUAUGUUUGAACAGAAAGCCGCCCAGCUCGCCACUGAGAUAGUUGACAUCAAAUCACGUUACGACGAGGAAAAAAGCAUGAGAGAAGCAUUGGAGCAGAGGUUGACCAAUCUCAACCAAGACCUGCAGAGAGAAAGACAGGAGAAGGAGAAAUUGUCAGCAGAGCUGCUCCAGAGGCCUGGGGUGGAGGAUGUGGAAGUGUUGAAGAAAGAGCUGGUACAGGUGCAGACGCUCAUGGACAACAUGACGCGAGAGAGGGAGGAGGAGUCGGAGUGCCUCAAGAGCCAAUACGAGCAGCUGCAGGCCAACUUUACUACCUCAGAGAAAACGAUAGCUCAGCUAAAGGCAGAACUUGAAAAGGGACCUCAAGAGGCAGCAGUCUACACCCAGCAGAUCCACCUAUUACAGAGCAACCUGAACAACCUCCAGCAACAGACCCAGCUUUUGUCAGAGAAGUUAUCUCGGAAGGAGAAGGAGAGUCAGGAGCUUGAGGAGCAUCUAGGUCAGGAGCAGACCUCUAAGAAGAGUCUUCAGGCCAGCCUUCACCAGAAGGAUCUGGAGCUCCAGGAGAGUCAAGCCCGGGUGUCAGCUGGAGAGGCGACACUGAGCCGGGUUCAAGCCGAAGUGAAUGAACGUGGGGAGGAGGCUGCUCGACUCAGGAGGGAACUCUGUGAGCUUGUGAAGAACCACCAGGAACUAAAGGCAGAGAAGAAACAACUCCAGCAGCAGAGGGAGGAUAAGGAGAACCAGGGCUUACAGCAGCAAAGUGAGAUCAGCCAGCUGCAUGCCAAGCUGCUGGAGGCGGAACGUCAGCUGGGGGAGCUGCAGGGCCGGCUGAAAGAACAGAGGCAGCUGUCAGGAGAGAAACUCAAAGAUCGAGAACAGCAGGUGGCAGACCUGCAGCUCAAAUUGUCCCGUGUGGAGGAACAGUUGAAGGAGAGCUUUGCCAAGUCUACUGACCUACAGCAUCAGCUGGACAAAUCCAAACAACAGCACCAAGAACUUCAAACACUUCAACAGGGCACUAAUGGAAAACUUAGAGAAGCACAGAACGAUCUGGAGCAGGUGUUGCGUCAGAUCGGGGACAAGGACCAGAAGAUACAAAAUCUUGAGGCUCUGCUGCAGAAGAGCAAGGACAGCGUGAGCCAACUAGAAGCUGAGAGAGAGGAUCUAUGUGCCAAGAUCCAGGCUGGAGAGGGAGAGGCAGCUGUGCUUAACCAACUCCAAGAAAAAAAUCACUCUCUACAGGAACAGAUGACGCAGUUGACCGACAAGCUCAAGAACCAAUCGGAGAGCCACAAACAAGCUCAGGAGAACCUUCAUGAGCAGGUGCAAGAGCAAAAGACCCACCUGCGUUCAGCACAAGACCGCUGCCAGAGUCUAGAGACCACCAUCUCUGAACUUAACACUCAACUCACAGAGAGCAAAGAGAAGAUCGCCCAGCUGGACACACAGCUGAAAGCCAAGACCGAGAUGCUGCUGUCUGCAGAAGCAGCAAAGAAUGCUCAGCGUGCUGACUUGGAGAACCACCUGGAAACGUCCCAGAAUGCAUUGCAGGACAAGCAACAGGAGUUGAGUAAAGUUCAGGCUCAGCUGGAGGAGCAGGGCUGCAGGCUGCAGGAUAAACAGGAGCAGUGUUCUCAGCUGGAGAGCAGUCUGAAGGACAGCAGAGACAAACUACUGACUGCUGAGCAGAGGAUAGAGACACUGGAGACCCAAGCCAAGAAAGCAGAGGCUGAGUUAAUGGAACUUCGCUCUGGGAAGGAACAGUCUCAGAAAGAGAAGCAGAAGCUGAAGAAUCAGCUCAGUGAGCUGGAGUUGAAGACGAAGGAGUUCAACCGUCUGUUAGAGGCGGAGAAGCAGGGAGCUGCCAGCCAUCAAGGAGAGUUGCAGAAGAAAACCUCAGCUCUUUCUGAAACAAGACAACAGCUGGAGAAGGCGGAGAAAACGUGUGGGACCCUGCAGGCCAGCCUAGAUAAGCUAUCUCAGGAGGGUCAGACACGGCAGGCAGAACUGGACAGGAAAGUGCAGGGUCUGAGCACGGAGCUCCAGAAGACCCGGGAGGAGAAGGAGGCUUUGGUUAAAGAGAUGGCUACGGUUAAGGAGGCUCUGAGCACAGCUUCAAAAGCUUUGAAAGAAAGCCAGAUUCAGCUGGAGAAAGAGAAGAAGAACAGCAAAGCAGCUCUGGAGGAGAAGGAAAAGUCCCAUCUGAAAGCACAGCAACAACUUCAGAAAAACGUCGAGACCACUUCAAAGGAGCUCAGUGAGGUCAAAGGUCAACUAGAGAAAUUGAAAGAGGCAGAGAAGGGCCUGCAGUCUCAGCUGAGCGCACUGAACGGCCAACUGAAACAGUCUCAAGAGACACUGAAAGAAAAGGAGAAGAGCACACAGCAGCUUCAGGCACAGCUGAAGACCACCCAGGGCUCCUUUAGCCAGGAAGUGCAGAAGCUUGAGGUACAAGUGUCCGAGAUGCAGGCUAACCUCAAUAAAAAGGCCGAGGAGGAGGCCAAGCUCAAAGAGCAAGUGGCAGCGUUGUCUAAAGAUCUUAAUUCAGAAAAGAAUCGCUGUGCGGAGCUGCAGAAAACUAGCGACAGCACCGCAGAGCGUCUCGCUGCGCUUCAGUCCGAUUACUACGGCAAGGAGUCUGAGCUCUCUGCUGUACGCCAGGACCUCAAGGUGUGUGAGGAGAAGCUGGUUUUAUCUCAGGAGGAGCUGGUGUCCAACAGAAACCAGCUAAGUUCUCUCGAAGCCCAGAUCAAGGAACUAAAGACGGGCCAUGCAGCGCUAGAGAAACACCUCAGCAAGAGAGAUGAUAAAAUCAAGACACAGGUGGAGGCUCUUCAGAAGCUCCAGAAACAGCAGGAGGCAACUGAAGAGCAGCUGAAGAAGGAGAAAGUUCAGCGUGAAGAACUGAGAGAGUGUCAGAGCGCUCUGGAAAAGGACAAGAACAAGCUGAGCGCUGAUCUCAAAGCACUGGCAGAGAAGAAUGAGAAGGAGCUGAAGGAUCUUCAGGCUGCCAAGCAGCUGUUGAUCCAGCAGAAGGUGGAAGUUCAGGGGAAGGUGGAGGCAGCUCAGGCAUCACUGGAGCAGGAGCAGAGAGAUCACCAGAAGACCAGAGACUCCAUCAAACACGCACAACAGCAGCUCAAAGCUGAGACUGACAAACUACAGAAGCAACUGGCGUUGGAGGUAAAGGCUAAAGAGGAGGUGGUGAGACAGAGGGAGGAGGAGGAGGUGAAGAUGUCCAUGCAGGUGUCGGCACUAAACGAGAAUGUGGCCACGCUGAAGAGGGAGGUGCAGAGCAGCCAGAGGCGGGUGGGCGAACUUGAGAAACAGACGGACGAACUGAGGGGAGAGAUCGCUGUGCUGGAGGCCACCGUCCAGAACAAUCAGGACGAGAGACGUGCGCUUCUGGAGAGAUGCGUCAAGGGGGAAGGUGAGAUGGAGAAGCUUCAGGCCAAGUUUCUGGAGAUGCGCAGGAAGUUGGACGACACCACGGCUGCCAUGCAGGAGCUUGGCCGUGAGAACCAGUCUUUACAGAUAAAACAGUCACAGUCUCUCACGCGGAAGUGGGCAGAGGAUCAUGAAGUACAGAAUUGUAUGGCCUGUGGGAAAGGCUUCUCUGUCACUGUCAGAAAGCACCACUGUCGACACUGCGGCAACAUCUUCUGCGCGGAGUGCUCUUUACGCAACGCCCUGACGCCCUCUUCCAAAAAGCCUGUCCGAGUGUGUGAUACUUGCUUUGACGAAUUGCAGGGCUGACGGCUUUCCCAUCAUGACCUCUCCCCAGGACGGAUGAGCACGCGUGAUGGGAGAGGCCGGCUGAGGUCGGGGUGAGGGCCGGACACAGGGACUGCAGGGGCCACUGACAAACAGCGUGCUUUCAGCUGCUGCAGUGCCCACUUUAUCCCACCAAUCAGAUGGAGGGAACACUAAACUAGACCGACCAGAGAGCCUGUCCUUAUCUGUACAGUGCCUUUGCCACUUACGCGGCCCCUUUCAAACCCAGAGGGAUCAAAAGGGAGGGGUUGGAUCGGUUUUGAUGUUGUGUAUAAUUUGUUAUGUAUGAAUAACAGAUGGAGGUUCUGUCAGGUCUUUAGUACUGAAUGUGUUUGGCACUCAAAAUUAAAGUUUUACACUAAUGUAGUUUUUUAAACGUUGAAAGAAAUAGUGUUGAAUGGGCGGUGAUGAAAUGCCAUUGGCGGAUCAAACAUCUGUUCUAAGAGCUUGUAUUUUUGGCUGAGAGUAUCUGAAUAGAACCAAAGCUGGCUACCAGAUCCUUUGAUAUAUCAUUAUUUGUAAAGUAAAUGUACACAGGCACAUGCGUAUGUGAACAAUUCAUGUGUAAUAUUCAUAUUUUGGAGCUGUAACAUUUGUCACUCAUUGUGGGCAUGUUGCACAUUUGAUAUGUGACUCUAAUGUACAUGCUGUGUUGUAUGUUUAAUGUAUGUUUAAAACACAACACUUGGUGUUUGUUUUGCAUUCAUCAUCACCAACAGAAGUUUUUUAGUUAGUUUUUUAAUGGUUUAUGCAGACUUGUGUGGCAUACUGUUUCUUGAUUUAUUAUUUUCUACAAUUAUUUGUACCUGUUGGAUGCAUGUGCUCUGCUUUUAAGCAAUGUGUGCCAACGAAUUGAAAAUGAAUGCCGGCUGCUACUGAUGUCUGCUGAGCAGUUUCCCUCAUUUACAGCUUCUACUGUACGAACGUUUCACACAACACACCUACAGAUCCUGAAAAUGAUGGAGCUACACUGUCGCAGGCAGGUUGCACUUUGCCAACCAACCUUUCAGAAUGCAGUGCAAAUGAGUGGAGUGUAAUACUAACUGCUGUAAAGCGAGCUUCGCUUUUUGUGGUUUGCCAAAUAGGCACGUUCUGAUGUUUUUUCUGUACAGGCAAUGCUUAAAAGGAUAGUUCACCCAAAAUUAAAAAUACUGAAGAAAUUAUUUCAUCAUUUACUCACACUCAUGUUAUUCCAAACCUGUAUGACAUAUUUAGGAACACAAAAGAGGACAUUGGUAACCAGAAAAGAUUGGACCCCAUUGACUUUAAUUGUGUAAACACAAAGCCACAGGCAUUUCUCAAAAAUUCUUUAUGUACAUAGUCAUGUACAGGUUUAAAUCGAGAUGAGGGUUAAUGAAUCAUUUUAAGUUUUGGCUGUGAACUACCCCUUUAGAUUUUCUUUCAGUGUGAUUGUGAGGUAUUGCCGUGUCUCAGGAUGUUAUGAGCUAUAAACGGUGCUUUAUAACCAGCUCAGUCAUGUCACAUGAUUUAAGCACCUGUGACGUUAAACAUGUAAUAGUGAAAAUGCCCUUUAACUUGAUUUUUAAUGAAAUGUUUUCUCCAGUCGACAUUAGCACAAAGCAUAUCACAGAUGCCACUUAGUGCCAUUUAACUGAAGCCCUCACUACAUUCAGAAUGUUAGAUGUGCUCAUAACGGGAAAUAAAAAGAGUAAAGUAAGACUCAAAACAACAACCUUCCAGUCUUGAGUAAAUAUUAAAAUAAGAAAUGACCUUUAUGCCACUGUACUUCAUUUGUUAAAGGCAUAUCUGCUUAUAGCAUAGCUUAUAUCUAUGGCAAAAAUUUAUUCGUGAACGCAUGAUUGAGAAUGUUACUGUCCAAUACAGUUCUCCAUCUG